AUACCGCAUAUAUCCAAUUGCAUUGAAAAAAAAUUCAUUGAUAAACCAAUAACUAUUUAUCAUGCAAAAGUAUUAGGACAGUUUGGCAGAACAAUAUUUUUGAAAGACCUUUGUUUAAGAGAUAAUUACGAAGUUCCUAAUGAUGUUGAAUGUGUAAUUUUGCGUAACGUUGAUAUUAAAGAAGGGACUAAAUUGAUGCUUAACAGUGCGUGCAAGUAUCUAAAUGUUGAAGUACAAAAAGGUUGUAUUGACGUAUCUAAGGUAGAAAAAUUAGCAAAAGUCGUCUUUUUUAAUUGCUUACCUGUUUGCGAAGGUAACUUGUGGAGAUUUUCUGCUAAACAUAAGGACUGUACAGAUACAUCGCAAAAAAAGAGACUGGAGCUUCCUAAUUGCAUCGAAGAUAUCGUACUUGAACAUGUCAGUGUCCCUAAAGACACUUUACUGGUAGUCAAUGAGGGUUAUCGAAAUGUUGCUAUAAUUUUUUCCAAAGGAUAUUUUGAUUUAUCCAAGGUAAAGCAGUUAAGAAAGUUUAAAUUGCUCAUCACUGAGCAAAGUUCAACCAAUAUCGAACUUACAGACUUAAC